CCAGCCUAACAGAAAACAGAACUUGAACAAGUCACGCAACCACUUGCAGUUGUUUUUGUCUGUUGUUUUUCUUGUUUUAGUGAAUGUGAAAAUGGAAAAAAAGAUGAAGUGUGUGCUUAUAUUACUCCUCUGUUAUCCUGCUGCAUCUCCAGUAAAACACUCCCUGAAGUUUUUCUCCACUGAAACCUCUGGAGUCCAGAGUAUCCCAGAGUUUGUGGCUGGUGCACUUGUUGAUGAAGUUCAGAUAGGUGACUUCAACAGUGUAAGAGGAGCAGAGCUAAAGAAAGACUGGAUUAAAUUCUUUGAGGAUCAUCCUCAGCACCUGGAGUGGUAUAGUUUACAAUCUCAUGACAGUCAUCACUUCUUUAAGGCUACAAUUAAGACUUUGAGGCAACGUUUCAACCAAACUGAAGGUGUUCAUAUCAUCCAGAGGAUGAAUGGCUGUGAGUGGAAUAAUGAGACUGGUGAGAUUAAUGGGUUCAAUCUGUACAGUUAUGAUGGAGAAGACCUUCUAGCAUUGGACCUGCAGACACUGACAUGGAUCACUCCAAAACCACAGGCUGUCCUCACCAAACUGAGAUGGGAUGCUCAAAAAACUCGAUUAGAAUUAAACAAAAACUUUUUAGGUCAUCGGUGCCCUGAGUUUUUAAAGGAGUAUUUGCAGUAUGGCAGGAGCUUUCUGCAGACAGCAGUUCUUCCCUCAGUGUCUCUCCUCCAGAAGACUCCCUCCUCUCCAGUCACCUGCCACGCUACAGGUUUCUAUCCUGACAGAGGUUUGAUGUUCUGGAGGAAAGAUGGAGAGGAGCUUCAUGAAGGUGUAGAUGCCGGAGAGAUCCUCCCCAACAAUGAUGGGACCUUCCAGUUGAGUGUUGAUUUGAAACUUUCAUCAGUCACACCUGAAGAUUGGCAGAGGUACGACUGUGUGUUUCAGCUCUCUGGUGUGAAUGAGGACAUCAUCACCAAACUGGACAAAACAUCGAUCAGGACCAACUGGAAAAAGCCCACUGACAUGGGAACCUUCAUCGCUGCUGCAGUGAUUGUUCUAGCUUUCACCAUCAUCACAGCUGUGACAUUUUUGACCUACAUAAAUAAAAAAUCUCUUGACGAUGGCUCUGAGCAGUCUGAGAGACUAAAUCCACAAAGCUGAGUGUCCUAAGAAGUUCUUCACUCCGCUCUCUGUAUGACUUUCCUCCAGCUGCUGCUGUCGCCUCAGUGUUUCAAAUACAUAUGUUAAAAACACCAGUGAAUAAAUUAGGCACAGGUAAUGAUCACAUUCUGCUGCACUUGUUGUAAAUUAGUGCAUGGUCAGACAUCUGUAUGCAGCUCCUGUGUGUACAUUUCAUGCAUUUGUGAUUUUAUUUUGCUUCAGUAUGUAGUCAUAGUAUCGAUGCAGCAGUAUCACAAGUCUUCUACAAAGCAAAACUAACUCUAUUGAUAGAUAUGUAUCUGAUGAUGACUGUUUGGUAGAACUGAAGUGUGUGAUUUUAUUGAGAAAUUGGAAUCGUACAAAGCAUGUGGUAUUUUCCAAAUGACACUAAAAUAUCUGAAGGAUGACAGCAACAGACUCUCAUUUGGAAAUGAAAUUUUGUCAUUUUAUUAUUUCAUUAUAAAGUUGUAUGAAAAUUCUCCAGAUUGAAGAUGCACUGAAUCACAUGACCCCCUAUGAACAAAGACUUGGCAACAGUUGGUUGAAACAUUACAAUUAGAUUUUGUUCCUAUUAAUUUUAUAUAUUUAUUUGUGUUUCUUUUAUUUUAAUUCUAAAUUUUAUUUUGAUUAAAAAUAGUUCAUAUACUUUUUAUUUCAGUUAAGUAAAGAAUGUUGCUUCAGAUGUGAGCUCUGCUUUGAUGCUCUAAUAAAAAUGUUCUCUGAUGUUUUUUUUGUUGUUUUUUUUUUAAUCUUCAGAAUUUGAACAUUUUUAUCUAUCACUGAUUUAAAUGGAUUCAUAGUUUUCUCACUCUGAAUGUUGUAAAUUGCCUUCUGGCUUUGGGAGCAUACAGAUUCCUGAUAUUGUCAAGGUUCUGGGUCUUGGACUGAGUUUAUUUUGUUUGAAUAUUUCUGUGCUAUUAUGAUUUAAGUUUCACUAGUCAGUCCUGAAUUUAUUCUUGUUAUUGCUGCAAAGUUUUCCUGUGAUCUCAGUUUAAUUUCUUGUUUUUGAGGUUUCCUUUGUGUCGUUGUCCUGUGUCCCUCGCUUUCUCUCGGUCUGUGGGUGUGUGUGUCCUUGCGUCUUGUUUCCCUUUUCUAUUUAAUGUUGCCUCCCUUGUGUUUCCAUGUUACCCCUGUCUCUCGUGUGUAUUUAUGUAUGUUCUUCACAGCCCGUUUUGCAUCUCUCCUUCUUUCUCCAGCUCUCGCUCUUUCCCUCCAUGACUUGUCUCCCUUCCCUCUUUGUGUUUCCUUCCUCUGUCUCCCCAGUCAAUCCUCUUCUAAUGUUCCUGCCUGUUUCUUGCUGUGUGUUUUAUUUUGACAGUCUCUCGUUUUGUGUUCAUUGUGUUUAGUUUUGUUUCCCCUGGUUCGUUAUGUCUGUUCGUCCCAGCUUUGUUCCCAUGUGUUUCUACUUCCCUCGUCACCCCUCUGUGUUUUAAGUCCGUGAGUUUUCCUUUGUUCAUUGUCAGGUUAUGUUAUUUAUGUGUCAUGUUCAGGUAAUCGUGUUUAAGUGGUUCAUAUCCAGGGUUCAUGUUGUCAUGUCAUGAUAUUCCAGUGUUUAGUCCAGUUAGUUUAGCCUUAGUUUCCUCUUGCCUUUUGCUUUGUAUUGCUCACCAGUUUUUGAAUAAACAGCUUAUCCUCACUUAAGUCAA